CGUUUCUUGCGCUGUCGGCGAAACAGAACUGAAAGAAACGGAAAGCAGAGUUCCUUGAACGUAAAUAGCAGGAUUGGAUUUUACAAAGUAGAUGGAGCUUCCACCCCACGAAGGACCGGUACUCUCUGUGGUAGACAUGCACACAGGUGGAGAGCCUUUGCGCAUUAUCCUAAGUGGUUACCCGGAGGUAAAGGGCGAGAGUGUGCUAUCCAAACGACGCUACGUGAGAGAGCAUCUGGACUACCUACGGAGAGCGUUGAUGUUCGAACCAAGGGGACACUAUGAUAUGUACGGAGCCCUGGUCGUGGAGAGUGAGAUACCUGAAGCCGACUUGGGGGUUCUUUUCAUGCACAAUGAAGGUUACAGUACCAUGUGUGGCCACGCAAUCAUUGCUCUUGGGAGGUUCGCUGUAGACUACAAACUUGUUCAAGAGCCAAGGUCGCCAGAGACGCAGGUGAAUAUACACUGUCCAUGUGGCCUGGUUAAGGCAUUUGUGGAGUACUCCAAUGGUAAAACCGGAGGUGUGAGGUUCCACAGUGUUCCAGCGUUUGCAUUUGCAACAGAUGUGAUUGUAGCUGUGCCUGGGCAUGAUGAAGUCACUGUUGAUAUAAGCUACGGAGGAGCAUUCUAUGCAUUUGUAAGUGCAGAGAGAUUUGGCCUGGACAUCAACAAGUCCAAGACCAGGGAUCUGGUGGAUGCAGCUACUGCAGUGACCAACUCUGUCAAAUCUCAGGUGAAACUGCACCACCCAACCAGUGAGGACCUAGCCUUCCUCUAUGGCACCAUCCUCACGGACGGAAAAGAUGCCUAUUCCCAAGAGCCCACUGCUAACAUGUGUGUGUUUGCAGAUGCCCAGGUGGACAGAAGCCCUACAGGUUCAGGGGUCACUGCCCGUGUGGCUCUCCAGUACCAUAAAGGCCUCAUCCAACUCAAUCAGACUAGGCACUUCCAGAGCGGGGCCACAGGAUCUCUGUUCACUGGCAAAGCAGUUCAGGAAACCAUAUGUGGAGAUUUCAAGGCUGUGGUGGUUGAGGUGGCUGGCAGAGCACACUACACUGGCGUGGCCAGCUUUGUGCAGGAAAGUGACGACAAGCUAAAACUUGGUUUCCUCCUGAAAUAAGAGCAGCUACCAUUGUCCAUAACAACGUUUGAGUGCAUCUCCAGCCAAGAAAAGCAGAGGACCAUAAGAGUUCAAAUAAAUUGUAAAAAAUGUUAUAGAUGGGCAAUACUUUCUGACCAAUGAGAUUCCACAUGUUGGGGUUUACACUGCAUCUUGUGCAAAUGCUUUAUAAUUUACUCAUGAUGAAUUAAUCUGCAGCAUUGGGAAUUAGUUUUGUCCAGAUGAUCUUUCGUUCUCUAUCCUGAGAUCUACUAUUGUAACUUAAGGUGCUAUGUUGACUUCUUGAAAGGAUGUAAUUUCCUGUGAAAACUUUUUGGGAUUUUCAUGUUGCUAUAUGUUGCUGAGGGGUUACAGUUUUGAUUUAUUAUAACAGACAUUUUAUAUUUUAAAGAGCUCAGUUAGAGGAACUGAACCAAAAAAUGUUUCGCUCUGCGACAGAGGAGAACCAAUUGGUAAAAAAGCACAGCCCCCUUCAUUAUCAAUGCAUCGUGCCUACAACAUCAGGAAGAGCAUGUGUUUGAUACCAUUCAACUCCAGCCAUUACCACGAGCCCGUCCUCCCCAAUUAAGGUGCCACCAAACUGUGAUAUGCACACGUCAGUCACUUUAAAGCGUCUGUUAAACGGCAUAUAUUAUAAACCACACCCCCAUGACAGAAUCUCAUCUCCGGAGUCACAUUUACGAUGAGGAGGAAAACCGUGGCGAAAUCAGUCAGUUCAGCCCCCCUUUAAGGUGAUGUGCAAAUCAAUGUCAGUGUCAUGCCAGAAGUGCUACAAAGCCAAUGUGGAACAUAUUGGGCUCAAGAUGGUGCUAUACAAACAUUUUCAACUAAGGUAGCCAAGUGACUAUGAAGGAGGCUGAUGUUAAAUUUUUAAAAGCAUGUGUUUAUGUAUGCAUUCAUAGACACAUUCUGCAGUGAUUGGGACUUUUUACAAUGUUAUUUUCACCAUGAUUUGAAAUAAAAAUACCACAACCUG